AUGGAGAUACCUGUCUUGGAUUUCAGUGUCUACGAACUGGGAAAGGGCAAUGAAUCGGAUGUUGACUUGGAAAAGUUAAGUAAAGAAUUGAGAAAGGCCUUUACCGAAGUGGGAUUUGUUUAUUUGAAAAACACGGGCAUAAAUCAGGAAGAGGUGGAAAAAGUCAUGCAUGUUUCAAAGAAGUUCUUCUGUUUGCCAGAAGACAUGAAGAAGCCUUUCAGCAGGGGAAGUUUCUCAUGUAAUGUAAACCAUGGCUGGGUUUCGGUAGAAACUGAAAGUCUGAAUCCUCGCCGUCCCGGUGAUCUGAAGGAGGCGUAUAAUAUAACAUCUUUGAGCGGGGAUAACAAGUGGCCUUCAGAAGUAGAUGAUUUUCGAGAUGUCCAUGUAUCAUUUUUCCUGCGCUGUAAGGAUCUCUCUCUCCGAGUGCUCCGACUGAUGGCUCUUGGGUUGGAACUGGAACCAGAAGUCUUCCUCAACGCACAUAAGCAAAUUGGAAGUGAUGUGAAUGCAACCACACUCCGGUCUCUGUACUACCCUCCGGUGAACAGCACAUGUGUGAAGGAAAAUCAGCUGCGCUGUGGUGAACACUCGGAUUAUGGGAGCAUCACUCUGCUCUUCCAAAGCCCAGAGAGUGGAUUGCAGGUUCUGAACCGGGCUGGUGAAUACGUUUCGGCUCCAAGCAUUCCUGGAACAGUUCUGAUUAACAUAGCAGACCUGAUGCAAAGGUGGACCAGUGAUGUGUACGUGUCUGCGGCUCACAGGGUUUUGAUGCCCCCUGCAGGAGACUCCAGCACACGCCAGUCUUUGGCUUUCUUUGUACACCCUGAUGAUGAAGCCAUCAUUUCAUGCUGCGAUGGAUCCGAUAAAUAUCCUCCUGUUAAUUCAUUUGAUUACCUUUUAUCAAGGUUCAAUGAUACCUAUGGCAAAAAACAGGCUCUGGUUUAAGUGGAAGUUUACAAUUGAAUAUAAAAAACAAAGUGGUAAUAAUCAUCAAAGCACAUAAUUGGUGGAGCUGAGAUAAUUUAAUUAUAUUUUAAAGAAAUGUACAGCACAGUCACUUUUUACUCUCACAAAGAAAACUCAAACAAGCCAAAAUUGCCUCAUGAAUGCACUAUUUUAUGAUUAAUUGAAUUUCUGUAAAAAUAAA